AUGUCUUACAACGGCUACGAAAACUUCCCUCAGCAGGACCCCGCCGCCGCUGGCGCCCCGGCUCCCGUUGAUACCACCAUGACCGGCCAGGCCGACCCCUCCGCCGCUCAGUUCCAGGGCCCUCCUCCUGGUGACGCCAACUCCGCCCCCGUCCCCCAGCAGGGUGCCGAUGGCAAGACCACCCUUUGGAUGGGUGAGCUCGAGCCCUGGAUCGACGAGAACUUCAUUCGUAACCUCUGGUUCCAGAUGGGUGAGCAGGUCAACGUCAAGAUGAUCCGUGACAAGUUCUCUGGGAGCAAUGCUGGAUACUGCUUCGUCGAUUUCGCUUCCCCUGCCGCCGCUGCCAAGGCCCUUUCUCUGAACGGUACCCCCAUGCCCAACACCAACCGGGUCUUCAAGCUCAACUGGGCUACCGGUGGCGGCCUUGCCGAUCGCAGCCGUGAUGACCGUGGCCCCGAGUACUCCAUCUUCGUUGGUGACCUCGGCCCUGAGGUGAACGAAUACGUCCUCGUCUCCCUCUUCCAGAGCCGCUUCCCCUCUUGCAAGUCUGCUAAGAUCAUGACCGACCCCAUCAGCGGCAUGUCCCGCGGCUACGGCUUCGUUCGCUUCUCCGACGAGAACGACCAGCAGCGUGCUCUCACCGAGAUGCAGGGUGUCUACUGCGGCAACCGCCCCAUGCGUAUCUCCACCGCUACUCCCAAGAACAAGGGUCCCGGUGUUGGUGGCAACGGUGGUGCUGCCAUGGGUAUGCCCGGUCCCGCUGGCAUGUACCCUCCCAUGGGUGGCCCUCCUAUGCCUUUCUACGGUGCUCCCCAGCCCAUGAACCAGUUCACGGACCCCAACAACACCACUGUUUUCGUCGGUGGUCUGUCCGGCUACGUCACCGAGGAUGAGCUCCGCUCUUUCUUCCAGGGCUUCGGAGAAAUCACCUACGUCAAGAUUCCCCCGGAAAGGGCUAUGCAGGGCUACCCCAUCGGUAACUCCCGCGUGCGCCUGAGCUGGGGCCGCUCCCAGAACAACUCCGGCCCCGCCGGCAGCCCCUACCGCCCUGCUCCCCCGCCGCCUCCCAUGUACCCCUCCAUGGGCAUGCCCCCGGCCCACCAGUAUGGCGGGUUUGCCCCCAUGAAGUAA